UCCGCUCCUCCCGGGUGAGAGUCCGGGCCGGGUUUUGCGCUGUGUCCCCGAGCUUGUCUCACGGCCUCCAGCCGCCGCCGCUGUCGUGUUUACUGAGCUCGCGCGUCCUGAUAUCACUCCGCUGGCAUGGAGGAGGAGGAGGAGGUGGAGGAGCGAGAGGAGGAGGAGGCGGCGGCGGCGGCGGCGGCGAGCAGUUGAUCAUUGUGAUGGUGGCAGGAGCAGCGGCGGCGGCGGCAGCCCAGCCGAGCGUUAGGGGCUGCACUCCGCGCGGCGUUUUGCAAAGGACUUCACCGAUCUACUUUUGCAGUCGCCUCGGACUGUCCAUGUGUUUACUUCCCCCAGCCCGAGGAUUCGAUAUCUAGGUUCCUGUGAAAUGCAACUGAGCAGCCAAAGUACUUUGAGAACACGGGGCGGCAUAAACACCAAAACUUUUUUGUGGAAGGAAAAUGCAAUAAGCAAGCUUGCCGUUUUCCGAUGCGGUGUGGAGUGAGUGUGUGUCGCGCGUGUCCGCACUGGAGGCAUAUGCUUGUGUGUGUACAUGGGGUGUGUUUUUCGGUACGUAGGGAGAAAAUGCUUGCCAACCACCGGAAAUCUCCUGGAAUUUAUUAGAAAAUAAUGGAUUAUAAAAAGAAGGCAGGCAAGGAGCGGAUCUCCCCUUGAGUUGCAACCUGAUUUGCUGUUGGCUCAGUUUGUUGUGAUUCUUUUUGUUGAUAGGUGUCUGAUGGUAUUCUGAUAACAUUCCCCGCUCUUUUCCCCUCGAGCUUUACAGUUUAAAAAAAGGAAACAAAAAAAACCCACCCCAAAAUCUCUCCCCCUUUUUUUUCGCCCCGUCGGGAUCUCUGUUUCCAUCCAUGUGCUUGCGUCUCCCCCGCGUUCCACUUAAACUAUUUUAAUUCUUGGACCCAAGGAGGAGGCUGAUAGGGGGGUGGAUAAAAAAAAAGUUCUUCCAAAAUAGUGUGCCCGGGGAGCAGGAUGGGGGAUUUCGCAGCCCCCGCUGCCGCCGCGAAUGGCAGUAGUAUUUGCAUCAACAGUAGCCUGAACAGCAGCCUCGGCGGGGCCGGGAUCGGUGUGAAUAAUACUCCCAAUAGUACUCCCGCUGCUCCGAGUAGCAAUCACCCCGCUACCGGCUGCGGCGGCAGCGGCUCCGGGGGCCCCGGCGGCGGUUCGGCUGCCGUCCCCAAGCACAGCACCGUGGUGGAGCGGCUCCGCCAGCGCAUCGAAGGCUGCCGGCGGCACCACGUCAACUGCGAGAACAGGUACCAGCAGGCUCAGGUGGAGCAGCUGGAGCUGGAGCGCCGGGACACCGUGAGCCUUUACCAGCGGACCCUGGAGCAAAGGGCCAAGAAAUCGGGCGCCGGCGCCGGCAAGCAGCAGCAUCAGACCAAAACCCAGCAAGAUGUGGAGGCUGUCUCGGCGGAGCAGAGGAACCACACGCUGAUCAUGCUCCAAGAGACAGUGAAAAGGAAGUUGGAGGGAGCCCGAUCACCACUUAAUGGAGACCAGCAGAAUGGUGCCUGCGAUGGGGGUUUUUCUCCCACAAGCAAGAGAAUCCGCAAGGACAUCCCCACAGGGAUGGAAGCCAUCAACAACUUGCCCAACAACAUGCCGCUGCCUUCAGCUUCUCCACUUCACCAGCUUGACCUGAAGCCUUCAUUGCCCUUACAGAACAGUGGACCCCACACUGCUGGGCUUCUGGAAGAUCUCAGUAAGAAUGGUAGACUCCCUGAGAUUAAGCUCCCUGUUAAUGGUUGCAGUGACCUGGAGGAUAGCUUCACCCUCUUGCAGAGCAAGGACCUCAAACAAGAACCACUAGAUGACCCUACUUGCAUAGACACAUCAGAAACAUCUCUUUCAAAUCAGAACAAGCUGUUCUCAGACAUUAACCUGAAUGAUCAGGAGUGGCAAGAGUUAAUAGAUGAAUUGGCCAACACGGUUCCUGAAGAUGACAUACAGGACCUGUUCAAUGAAGACUUUGAAGAGAAGAAGGAGCCAGAAUUCUCGCAGCCAGCGACGGAGACCCCUCUCUCCCAGGAGAGCGUGAGCGUGCACAGCGACCCCUCUCACUCUCCUUUUGCCCACGUGUCCAUGGGGUCUCCCCAGGCGAGGCCUUCUUCCGGCCCUCCCUUUCCUAGCGUCUCCACGGCCACCAGUGUACCUUCGGUUGCCAACACACCCACAGCUCUGAACCCUGCGAGCUCACCAGCAAACUGUGCCGUCCAGUCUCCUCAAACUCCAAACCAAGCGCACACUCCAGGCCAAGCUCCUACCCGGCCUGGAAAUGGCUAUCUCCUUAAUCCCGCGGCAGUGACGGUGACUGGCUCAGGGUCAGGAGCCGUGGCCGGGCCCAGCUCCGACAUGUCUCCAGCGGAGCAGCUCAAGCAGAUGGCUGCACAGCAGCAGCAGAGGGCCAAACUCAUGCAGCAGAAGCAGUCCGGGCAGCCGGCGAGCUGGUCCCCCCUGGGGCCUCCGUCCAGUCCCUAUGGAGCAGCUUUCACUGCGGAAAAACCAAACAGCCCAAUGAUGUAUCCCCAAGCCUUUAACAACCAAAACCCCAUAGUGCCUCCCAUGGCAAACAACCUGCAGAAGACGACAGUGAAUAACUACCUCCCUCAGAAUCACAUGAACAUGCUCAGUCAGCAGCCAAAUAGCUUGGGUACGAACUCUUUAAACAAGCAGCACAAUAUUCUUACUUACGGCAACACUAAGCCUCUGACGCAUUUUAAUGCAGACUUGAGUCAGAGAAUCACCCCACCGAUGUCCAACCCCAGCAAAAGCCCCUUGAUGCCCUACAUGCAGCCGCAGCCGCCGCCUGCGCAGCUCCAAGCACCACGGGCGCACCUGAGCGAGGACCAGAAACGCAUGCUGCUCAUGAAGCAGAAAGGGGUGAUGAAUCAGCCCAUGGCUUACGCUGCUCUCCCUUCCCAUGGUCAGGAGCAUCAUCCAGUGGCGCUUCCCCGGACCGCGGGUCCUGUGCAGUCCUCCGUCCCGCCGGGCUCAGGUGGCCUGGUCUCUGGGGCCAGUCCCACCGGCCCCGGCUUCCUGGGCAGCCAGCCCCAGGCGGCCAUCGUGAAGCAGAUGCUCCUUGAUCAGCGGGCCCAACUGAUGGAACAGCAGAAACAACAGUUCCUGCGGGAGCAAAGGCAGCAAGUGCUGGCCGAACAGCAGCUGCAGCAAUCACAUCUACCCCGGCAGCACCUCCAACAGCCACGGAACUCAUACCCAGGGCAGCAGGUCAAUCAAUUCCCAGGCUCCCCCCAGGACAUAGCAGCCGUGAGAAGCCAAGCAGCCCUCCAGGGCAUGCGAACAUCUCGGUUGAUGGCACAGAAUGCAAGCAUGAUGGGAAUGGGACCCUCCCAGAACCAAGGGACAAUGGCCACAGCUACAGCCCAGCCGGAGAUGGGAAUGGCCCCUUAUAGUGCUGCGCCUACCAGCCAACCAGGGAUGUACAACAUGAGCACUGGGAUGACACAAAUGUUGCAGCACCCAAACCAAAGUGGCAUGAGCAUCUCACACAGCCAAGCCCAGGGGCCAAGGCAGCCCACCUCUGGGCAGGGGGUUGGGAUGGUGAGUAGUUUUGGUCAGAGCGUGCUGGUGAACUCGGCCAUCACCCAGCAGCACCAGCAGAUGAAGGGGCCGGUGGGCCAGGCCUUGCCAAGGCCCCAGGGCCCUCCACGGCUACAGAGCAUGAUGGGAACCGUGCAGCAGGGAACACAGAGCUGGCAACAGAGGAGCUUACAGGGGAUGCCUGGGAGGACUAGUGGAGAAUUAGGGUCAUUCACCAAUGGCACCAGCUACCCGCUGCAGACUGGCCAGCCAAGGCUGACCAAGCAGCACUUCCCGCAGGGACUGAACCAGGUCGUGGACGCUAACACGAGAUCCCUCAACCCCACGGCCAUGGGUCGGCAGAUGAUGCCACCACUCCCAGGGCCGCAAGGCACCGGUCAGGCCAGGCCGAUGGUCCUGUCUGGCCUACCCCAGGGUGUCCCUGGCAUGCCAGCCUUCAGCCAGCCCACAGCCCAGCAGCAGAUGUCCAGUGGUAGCUUUGCAGCAAGCAGCCAGAGCCAAGGCUAUGAGCGGAACCCCCCUCAGGACGUGUCGUACAGUUACAGCGGGGAAGCAGCCACGGCUUCCUUCCCUGGCCUCUCGGACAGUGCAGAUCUUGUGGACUCCAUCAUCAAAGGUGGGCCAGGGGAUGAGUGGAUGCAGGAGCUUGAUGAAUUGUUUGGAAACCCCUAGUGAAGAGGGGCCCCAGGAGCCACAACUCCAGUGGUUAAAGCUUAAAAUGUGAAAAAGAAACAGGAUGUUGACCCAUCCUUGUUUUAUGUUUUUUUGACCCAUGUAAACUGAGCAAAACUGCAGCAGGCUGAUGGUGGAAGAUCCAGGUGCCAAUCCAUAGCUCUGCUGGGUCUCACUUCACCUGAUUUUCACACAGCAAUCCAGAGGAGCUGCCAUGCAGGUCCCUGCUGCAAGAGAAGAAGACACUCCAGAGGCGGGUGGGGGAGACAAAUCUGAAGCCCCACUGCCCAGCACUCCCUGUGCGCCUGGCCCAGCAAGAGCUGCUCCAGCCAAAAGGGACUGCACCACCACACAGGUACCAGCAGCCCCUCCUGGCCCAGGUCUGGAGACUGAAGCUUUGGGGACAAAAGAGACAGAGCCUCAGGCCAGAAGGAGUCCCACAAGGCUGCUGGGUGGCUGUACAGCCAAGAGCACAGGUCAGAAAUGCACUGAACUCUGAAAGAGAGACCAGGCUUCAAGACAUGCUACUGUAUUUAGAGGGUAGGAGAAAGACAGUCAGAUGUCACAGGGAGACCACAAGGAUCCUACAGGCCUGUCUACUGCCCGUGAGGACCCUCAGGAAUCUUAGAGGUGGGCUGUCGGCUGCCUCACAAGAAUAGCCAAGUGAACUUGGAGAAGAGUCCUGCUUGAAGCCCUGGGGGGCCGCAGGCAGGUGGGAUGGAGCCUCCUGGGAAAAUCUAGGCAGUCCCCACCUACUUCCAGUGAGGACAGGGUGGGAAACCAGGGUGGGAAACCUGGCUGGGCACGUGUCCUGGCCGCCUGUUUCCCCCACUCCUACCCAUGCUUCUCCUUACAACUGUCCAAGAGGAAAUGAAGCUUUUGUCCUCACAGAGCCUGGGUGAAGUAAAAAUAAAUGCAAGAACAAUGCAGUUCCCUUCCUGUAAUGCAUAGAAACGAAGGAACAUCCUCUGCCUGGAACUGAGCCACCUGCGGACGGUCAGUGGUGGGUUGAUCUAAGCCGCACUGUUACUUCUGAUCUUCUCAAGGAGGAAUGGCCUGGAGGCUGCCUUUGGGCAAGUCCCAGGGGUGAUGCUCUAAUGUCAGCCUUGCGUUUGAUCCCUACUCACUGGAAAGACAAAUCUAAAACCCUGAGAGAUGAGGCAUUGAACCAUCAAUUACUCCACCUUACCCAUUUUGGUGAUUAAAAAGGAGAAAGCUAUGGUUCCUCUCAUAUGAGCAAAGUAAUCCACUUCAGAAGUUCUGUACAGUUGUUCUCUUUGUAAUUCACUCAAAUCUGCCCUGAGUCGUCAGAAGGGAUCAACAAUCCGCUAUCCCGAGGCUUGUCCCUUUAGUCCUUGCCUCCUCUCCCACUGUUCCCCUUUGGAGGCUGUGUGGCCUACUUGUCCUGAGUGAGUAAGAGUAAUGUGUGCUUUUCCCCCACCCUCUCCCUCCCUGUGGGAAAGACUGGCUCCCUUCUCUUCAGGCCCUGGGAAGCGGGACUGGCUGCCCUGGGGGGAGGUCCUUGUCCUGAGAAGGGGAGCUGGAGUAGAAAGCUAGGCACAGAGGUGUAGAGAGGUGACACUGCCCUUGGCUUGCUUGCCAUGUACCAAGGUUACAGAUCUGCCCAGCAAGGAUGGAGACCAGAGGUGGCCCGCUGGCAGAAGCCCAGGCAGGAGCUGCACCCAUCUGAGAGGUGGUGGCAGGGGGAUCAUGAACUGCCUGCGAGGGGAAGGACACCAGCAGGGAAACCCUUGGGUGGAAACAGAUGAAAACCAAAAAAACAGAAUACAUAAUUACCUUUUCUGAAAGGUACAGGAAAUAAAUAUCUAAGCAAUGAUGAGACAAUAGAGGUGGCUGAUGGAGGGGGGACUCCGUUACCUUUCACAAGCUUCCUUGGUACUGGGACCAACUAAAUAGAGAGGUAGAUUUUAAUAAGUUUGUUUUGUUUUGUUUUUGUUUUUACUACGGUGCUGAUGUAUAUGUAAUGUCUAAAAAAGUUAUUUGUAAAUAAGUUUUUACAAUACUGCAGAUAUCACUGGGUCUACUAUCUGUAAAAAAUAUAUACAUAUAAAUAUAUAUAUACUGUUUGUUUAAAAUAGAGUAUUUUUAUUUCAUUCCUUAACUCAUCAUCACAGCAGUGGUAUUGCACUUCAGAUGACAUCUAAUUACUAAUUUGUACUGUAUGACCUAUGGCAACUUGCUCCAUUUUAUUCCGAUUUUUCUAGUUUUCUGUUUUUACUUUGUACAUUGAGCAUUGCUUAUUUCCUUUAAAGAAAUGUACAGAACUCUGAAAUGUAGAAAUGAAGUGAUGUUGACAUACCACUUUUAAAGAAAAGAAAAAUAAAAGAUCAUUAUCUGAA